UUUGAGAGCCUUCACUUAAGUGAUGUUAACACGUCACAAAGAUACAGAAAACACAUUAUUAAUAUGCAAACAAAUAAUACACAUGCAUGAAAAUACUUCUGUUGGACUACUAUUAUUUUUGUAGCUUUGACAGGGAGCUGUCCAGCUUUAGGGAGACGUAGUCGUAUAGGCGCACUCACAGUACAGAUUACAGUAUGUGAAUAAUAGAUGCAGCACUAACAUCACCUCCGGGGCUGUGUGCUGGACUCAGUCAGGACCACAGCGACAGCAGCAGCAGCAGUAGCAGCAGCAGCAGCGUCGUAGUAAAAUGCGGUGCUGCUGAGAAAAGAGGAGGCGAUAGAAACACAGAGGGAGGGAGAGAGAGAGCAAGAGAGAGAGGGAGAGAGAAAGACCUCUCGGCAGAAUAUCUCCUUCAGCAGAAAGCAGAGGAGACCGGUCGUCCUCUCCUCCUCGGACAUGUGGUGCACCCAGCAGUGGGAGCAGGACUAGCGGCAGCAGCAGCAGCAGCAGCAGCAGCAGCAGCACUAGCGGCGGCGGUGGCUGUGGCGGUGGUGGCGCGGCGUAGCCUACUACGUCUUUUGGGGAUCCUUUUGUCUUUAAUUCCUUCUUUUUUUGGUGUGUAAUGAGCUUGCUGGGGGCCUACAAGAAAAAGACCAGUUACGAUGGCUAUGAAUCUUUGCAGUUGGUCGAUAGCGGAGGAGACAGCAGCUUCAGUGUCGGCAGAGGGAGCAGCGGCGGCGGCGGCAGCGGCGGCAGCACACUCGCAGGCUCCAUAGCGGCCACGCUCGGACCGAAGGCAGGCCCGCUGCGAGAGGAGGACUGCAGCACCAUGGACAGCUCAGAUAUGGAUGCCAAUUACGGCGGAGGGCUGUUGGAUAUGGUGAAGGGAGGGGCCGGGAAGUUCUUCAGCAACUUCAAGGACAACCUGAAGGACACGCUGAAAGACACGUCCACCAAGGUCAUGCACCAGGUUUCCACGUACACUAAAGGGGAGCUGGACAUCGCCUACAUCACGACACGGAUCAUAGUGAUGACCUACCCGGCGGAGUCAGUGCAGAUUGGCUACCAGAACCACGUAGAGGACAUCCGCUCCUUCCUCGACAGUCGCCAUGCCGACCAUUACACUGUCUUCAACCUAUCACAGCGCAACUACCGCGGCGCCAAAUUCUCCAACAGGGUGUCAGAGUGUAAUUGGCCUUCUCGCCAGGCCCCCAGCCUUCACAACCUGUUUGCUGUGUGUAAGAACAUGCACAACUGGCUCAAACAGAAUCCCAAGAAUGUGUGUGUCAUCACCUGCUCGGAUGGUCGUGCUCCCUCGGGUGUUUUGGUUUGUGCCAUGUUCUGCUUCUGCCACCUCUUCAACAACCCGAUUCCUGCCAUGCAGCUGCUCAGCGCCAAGAGGCCGGGUUCUGGCCUCUGGCCCUCACACCGCAGGUACAUAGGUUAUGUGUGUAGCAUGGUAUCAGAGAAGCCCAGUCUACCGCACUCCAAGCCCCUGGUGAUCAAGGGCCUCACCAUAACUCCGGUCCCCUGCUUCAACAAGCAGCGCAGCGGCUGUCGGCCCUUCUGCGACGUCCUCCUCGGAGAGACAAAGAUCUUCACCACGGCGCAGGAGUACGAGAGGAUGAGAGAGCACAGGGUCCAGGAGGGUAAGGUAGUUUUCCAGCUGGGCGUGAGCGUGCAAGGAGACGUCGUCGUUUCGGUCUACCAUAUGAGGUCGACCAUUGGAGGGCGUCUUCAAGCCAAGGUGUCCAACACCCAGAUCUUCCAGAUCCAGUUCCACACUGGCUUCAUUGCUCCUGGUACCACCAUGUUAAAGUUUAACAAACCAGAGCUGGAUGCGUGCGACUCUCCUGAGAAGUAUCCUCAGCUGUUCCACGUGAUACUGGAUAUAGAGGUGGAGGGGACGGACAAACAAAAGGACCUGACACCGCCGUGGGAGCAGUUCCCUUGUAAAGACCUGAACCCCAACGUGCUCUUCUCCUGCCACCAGGAGCAUCAGGACGCACUGGCAAUUGCUGAGCCAAGUCGGCCCCCAGGUCCGGACGGUCGGGGCCAUGGCGAGGAGAGCGAGCCCUCCGAUGACGAGAUGCUCUCUCUCUCCAGCCAGCGAAGCAACGCCAGCACGGCCCCCCAAAAACCCGACCAUCCUGCUGCAGCCCCGGCCGCCCCUGCACCCGCUAAGGAAGUGGAUCUCCUUGGCCUUGAUGGGGAGGACAUUAACCCCCGGUGUCCUUCAUCUCAGCCCCCGCAGGCUGCUGCCGCAACCACUGACCUCCUGGGGGACUUGUUCGGGGGGCCACCGCAGCCAACCAGUGGGCCCUCAUCUGCCCAGUCCACACCACAUAAAGUCAUCCCAAACACUGCCUCGCCUUGUCCAUCUCCUGCACCGCCAGCGUUUGAUCCCUUCGGGGCCGGUCCCAUGCCCAAGCCUCAGGACAUGAUGGGUUCAUUCCUUGGACCAGGUAACGUGGGGCAGCCAGACCCCUUCCUGCAUGCUGCUCGCUCUCCAUCACCCACCCUACAGCCUACAAGCUUGGGCCGGGGUUCCCCCGUCCCACCCACUACCCCGACCGUCAACAUUCAGCAGCAAAACCCCAUGGGAGGAUGGGACUGGAACAGACCUGCUACCACAAGCACAGGAGCAGGCUUUGGUAUGGGCAGUCGAUCAGCCACUACCAGCCCCACAAGCUCAGUCCACAGCACCCCCACCCACCAAACCAAGCCAAACACCUUGGACCCGUUCGCUGACAUAGGCAACCUUGGAGGAAGCCUUGGAGGUUCUGGCUUCUCCAGCAAACCCACCACUCCCACUGGAUCUACACCUUUCAUCCCUCCCAUGGGCUCCCCAUCAAGACCUCCUCCGUCUCCUCAGCACGGCUUCCCCUCUUGGCAGGCAGGUGCUGGAGGUGGUGGAGGAUGGCAACCCCAAGGACAGGGACCUGCCCCGCAGCCAAAGCCCAGCCCCAGCCACACCCCCAUGCCUCACACAUCGCCCGGGCACCGACCCAACUACAACGUCAGCUUCUCCGCAAUGGGAGGGGGCUCGCCCAGCGCAGGAGUCAAAGCACAGGCUGGCAUGGGUCCUAAACCCAAGGCCUCAGAUGCCAACUUUGACGACCUGCUGUCCGGUCAGGGCUUUGCAGGCACCAAAGAGAAGAAAGGGCCCAGGACUAUAGCAGAGAUGAGGAAGGAGGAGAUGGCCAAAGAGAUGGACCCUGAGAAAAUAAAGAUUCUGGACUGGAUCGAGGGGAAGGAGCGUAACAUCCGCGCUCUGCUGUCCACCAUGCAUACUGUUCUGUGGGAGGGGGAGACGCGCUGGAAGCCCGUGGGCAUGGCGGACCUGGUCACUCCAGAACAGGUCAAGAAGGUUUACCGCAAAGCAGUCCUGGUCGUCCACCCAGAUAAGGCGACAGGACAGCCCUAUGAACAAUAUGCCAAGAUGAUUUUCAUGGAACUAAAUGACGCCUGGUCAGAAUUUGAAAGCCAAGGACAAAAACCCCUCUACUGAACAAACGGUGAGAGGAAGUGAGCGAGGAGAGGACGACCCUGCUGAUUCUGUCAUCUAAUCCUUAAAAAAACACGUCACCACUUCUGGUCAACAUACUACAACCAAACCCUAAAACAUCUGCCUUCAUACCUGUGCUUUGACCCGUACCUCUCACACACACAUGCAUAACAUCCGGCUGAUCUGCAAAGACGGCGACAGACUACAGAACUCCAGACUAACAGUGUAACUGAACUGAUGACUCCCUGUAGCUCAGAUGUACCAACCUACUGUAUGUAUGUGGUGCAACAGUGUCCUUCCUUGUUGAGUGUCCUUAGUUCUGAACCAACCCUCCGAUCAAAGCAGAUGUCACCGGGAUGUCUAGAGAAACAGAGAAAGGCUUGAUUCAGAGGAGUCAGAUCAGACGGAGAGAGAAGACGAUGAUAAGAGAAAAACACAUCAGGCUGCUCAAAAGACGGGAUUCAGAGCACCGCAAAGUCUGUGAGGCACAAAAACCAUUUAACAGCAAUCAGGCCGCGUUCUGUUAGGGAGGUAGAUUUUGAUUUGUACUUUGUGUGAAAAUUGGAUCCAUGAUCAGUUCUGACAUUCAUGUUUUAAUGCAAUAACAUGUGAUAAAUAACACAAAAGAACAGCAGCAUUUAAUGUUUUGCAUCUGUUCACAGUCAAAAACAAGCACAAAAGAAAGAACAAAUUAGAGAUCGACCGAUAAAGAUUAUUAGAAAAGAAGAGAAAACUCUUUGUGUCAAAACUGAAUGUAACUAGCUAUAAUUUUGAGGUACUUUACUUGAAUAGUUCCAUUUUCUGCUACUUUGUACUUCCACACCACUACAUUGUUUUUAUAACUUGAGGUAUUAGUUACUUCACAGAUUCAGAUUGUUCAGUGUUGAUUGCUUUUACAUGUGACAUGUCAUCAAUCAGAUGGUCAGACAGAAGCCAUAUAUCCUUAAAAUCGGUUUAAAAGCAUAAAGAGGCACUCAAUAAAUAUCUUUCUCUUCUGAUUAAAAUUUCUUCCAUAAAAUGACAUAGUGCACCUUCAAGCCUUUUCAUAAACUGAUCAAAAUAAAACUGUCCCAUGUUAAUGAUACAAGCAGAGUAUUCUCCGGCUGCGUUCUUUCUGCUCAUGCCCAACAUUUUGACGUAAAUGCGUAGCGACAUACAUUUCUCCACUUACAAAAUAUGGUGGCUUCUAAGGUGAACUGGACUACUGCAGCAAGUUUGUUUUUAACACAAAAUAAAGAUAAUAUUUAAGAACUUAAAAUACGUCUAGACGAUGGAUAUUCUUCUUCAGGACAGGGAGCUGAUCAAAUAUUCGCCGAAAGAGGUCAAAUAUCAAAUGAGGAAAAGGAAGGCAUGAUGUAACAUGUCUUUUGAGCAUGUUAUACAGGUGUGCGACUGACUGAGACCACAGAGCCAAAGUAUCAGCGGUCUGAUACCAAAAACUGAUUAUUAAAAAAAUGCAGAAUAUUGGACCUGAUAAUUGAUCUGUCCCUCAUACAAAUUAACCACCUAUCUUAUUUAGAAGUGUUAUGAAAGUGCAAAGAACUCUGAUUACAGGUUGGUUUCAUCAUCAUUAACAUUUAAAUUUAGUCUGCUAAAGAAAGAAUUAAAAUGAACCUUAAAUCAUAAAAAUAAAAAAAAUACAGGUCAGAAUGCUGCUGCAAUUUAAAUUCUUGACCUAAUAUUUAUCCGAUAGAUUGACAAAAAGAUCUUUGACUGCUGUGUGUGAUGUAAUCAAGCCGUGUGUGUUUCUGGGGAACUGGGGAUUGUGUGCUGUAUUUCAGGAUUAGCACGUUUACAGUUUCAAACAUGAAGCACCUCAAGGCCUCAUGCGUACUCACUCAUAUGUUUGUUUUUUGUAAGGGAGCUUUGAAAGCACAAACUUUACCUGGUGCAGUUUUGAAGGAAUGCCAUUGCUAUUUAUUUAUUAUUAGUUUGUUUUGUUCAUCUGCAUUUUGUGUCUGUGUGUCAGACCUGCUGCAUUUUGGUUUAAAUCAACUGCACAUAUCAUCGGCUGAUGUAUGUAAAGGACAUCUUCAGUGUCUCAGGACACUAACAUUUACAGUUUUUGUUUCCAUCUGACUAAAAUUGUACUAAUGUACUCAACGCUCAAAGAGCGAGACAGUUGUCGACGACUAAAAGUAACUAAUGCUCUGAAGUGUGUAAUAACUUCUGAACAGCUAGUCCUAUCUGGAUGCUUUAAAAACUCUUGGAAAGGAGCAUUUCUCAGAUUUUUGCGUGGUGACACGCAUCUUGUUUUGGCAUUUGUUUUGGCACCAUAGUGAACCUUACAGUACUUAGUACUUACAGUGCUCUUCUGCUACGAUGUCCUCUGUUGUUAUUAAACAACCUUUAUAUUUAUCUCUUUGAGACAUAUCUACAUGAUCAGUACAUUGAAAAUAUGGAAUUACACAAGUUUCAAGAUACUUUAUUGUCGCUGUACUACUGUGCAAAACAUCAACACAACCAAAAUACCACCUGUUUUCACUGAUAAACAAUGAGGGUAAUAUCAUGAUAAAUGGCUGUCACUUGGUUAGGAAAGGUCAGAUGUAAACAAAAACAUCACAGAGACACAUCUGUAAAUGAAAAACUGAACUUCAAGACAUUCUAUCUGAGUAAAGAAAACACAAAAAAAUGUGUGUUUAAUUCUGGUGAAGUCGUCUCUUCUCAGUCAAAGCAAAUCUAAAAUUGGGAUGUUAAAUGAGCCAGACUGAAACUUAAGGUUCUCCUGAAUCAAAUGAUGAAUGGCCCUUGAUGCUGACUGUCAGCCACCCCAGAAAUAGUUCAGGUCUGUGAGGGUUUAACACUGCAGUGCUGCACCUUUUGAUUUUCUUUUUCUUUUUUUCUUUUUUUUUGGAUUUGCAGAAUUGCAUCUUAAGAUGAUAUGUGACUGAAUUACUGAUGACUGAAUUAAUGUGCUUUACUUUAUCUGCUUCAUAUCCUGCCUGCUGUAUAUCUGCUGUCACUGCAACACUGAUUUGCACCCGAUGAAAGUUGGGUUUUUUUUAUCACUUCAUGUAAUUUAUUUAAGUUUGUUUGAUAUCUCAGUCACACCACUGACACUUUUAUUUAUAACUAUCGUGCAGCUUUCUCUCUGGAUGAAUAAAACUGACAUAUCAACAGUGAGGUACAACUCACAUGGCUCAAAUUAUCAGCUGUGAGUAUUGCAGGUGCUGUUUUCCAUGUAAUUUUACUAUUAAGCUGAUUGAUGUGAUCCUCGGUGUGAUGGAAAUGGACUUCUGACAUUGUCCUCUUGUGUGGAAAAGUACUUAUUAGCCCUGGGAUGAAGUCUGUGGGCCAACGACAAACAUAUGCAAAAACAAAAUGUAUGUAUUUACCAGUUAAAAAGUGGGAAACUGAGGGAGGGACACUUAUUCGAUCUUAUAACAUCCCCAGCUUCCAGCUUUGUGUUACUGACACAUCUCUAAGGAAAAACCUUGUCGAGCUGUUUUAUUCUGACGUUUGACAGCUGUUAUCACUUCGAAAAUGUGUUAAAAAUGUGUUUUAACACAUGCAAAUUGAGUAGAUCUGCUGCCUUCACGUGGUUGUUCUUUAUUUCUUCACUGAUUUCAGUCUUUCUCUCUCUAGUUUAGAGAUUUAGAUGAAGAACUGGAUGAUUUCUUUGUAUUUAAUCCAUGUUAACCAUCAUGUUUCCCUUCCUUUGUUGGACUUCAUCAUUGCCCAGGAUCCCCAGUUCGUUUAUCUACAAUAAGGACUGAAUACUGACAAGUGGAUAAAAAGAGUCCGUUUCUUCAGCUGGAGCACAUCAUGAAUAAGACACUGGGUCUGAAAAUGUCUGAUCUAGAGGCUUCCUUUGGUGACUUAUAGGCACAGGAGGUGUGUAGUACCUGCUUCUCUAUUUACACUGAGGACUGAUGUGAAACAACCUCCACUAGCUCCCUCGCUGACUGAGUUCUCUAUCCGCAAUCUUACGGCUAUGUUAAAAAGCUAACCUCUAUAUCGUAGUCAAUGGAUGUGUGUUGUUUGAAGUCGUGGUAUGUAUGGAAGUGGUCCAAUUUGGACACAGACUGCUGUACGUUAUGUGUUUGCCUGUCUGCUGUUCAAGUAUUACUAAAUCGUGUAAAAGUUCUGUUCAUGUGCUCCUUCUCAGUUAUGUUGACCGUUACAGGAUGUACAUAAUGAUCAAGUGCAGUGCACAACAAUAAAUAAACUGAAAACAG